AUGAUAGGUCCUACGCGUCCGCUCUCUGUCACCCGCGUCGUCGCCAUCGCUGUCGCAGCUCGUCGCGUUCGCGACCCCAGCCCGUCGCCUUCGAUCCGCCCGUCGCCUUCACUUCCCCCCCCCCGUCGCCUUUACUCCCCCCCCUCCCCCCUGCUUCCGUUGCCUUCAUUUCCCCCUCCCGUCGCCUUCGCUUCCCCCUCUCGUCGCCUUCACUUUCCCCCCUCCCGUUGCCUUCACUUCCCCUUCCCGUCGCCUUCUCUUCCCCCUCCCGUCGCCUUCAUUUUCCCCUUCCGUCGCCUUCACUUCUCACCCCCGAUGCUUUCAAUACCCCCUCCGGUCGCCUUCCCCACAUGCCGCACUCACUUUCCCGCCCGUCACACUCGCUUCCCCACCCGUCGCCUUCACUUCCCCUCCCAUUGCCUUUCGCUCUCUCCUACUCACUCUCUUUCGCCAUGCUCACUCUCUUUCCCACUGCUCACUCUCUUCCCCCCUGCCCACUCUUUUCUCCACCCUUCACUCUCUCCUCUCCUGUUCAACCCCCUGUUCUCACCCCUCUUACCCCCUUCACUCAACCGUUCCCCCCUGCUCAACCUCUUUCCCUCUGCUCACUCUCUUCCCCCCUGCUCUCUCUCUUUCCCCCUGCUCACACUCAUCGGAAAAAUGUAA